UGAUGAAGUCUUUUUCUUUUUUGUUCUUCCCUACGGUGUCCGCUUGGAACGAGUUCUACAAUGCUGAUAUACAGCAUUGUAGAUUUGAGAAAAUCCCCAUUCCUCGUCCUUUCCCCCUACUACUUCAAACGAGCUGGGCAGGGAAAGGGCGAAGCAUCUCCCCGACAAAAGCACGGCAUCAACACAUCGGUGAACACAGCGUGGAACAGAUUAGACUCCUCUCCCCCACCUCUCAUUUGAUCUACAGGAGAAAGAGAGAUGGAUUGGGGGAGAGGGGAAAUACACCGAUGCCAUCCGUCCAUCCAUCCAUCCAGCCAGCUAGCCAGCCCGUUGUUGUUUAG